AUGCGCAGCUCGGCCUCUCCAUUCUGGCGCACAACAUCCAACUCCGCUAGCUCACCGCAAAACAAGAAGGUCAUCGGCGCAUCCUAUUCGCAUGCCGACAUACACAACUUCAGUUCAUUGAGCGUCUCUGGAUCGAACUCGCGACCCCGAACCCCGCCAUCGACCACCCACAGUCGCGAGUCAAGCGCUGCACCGAGCCGGUCCAGUAAGACCGUGUCACCCCGUCCCGCACGAGCAACGUACAGCUACUUCCUCAAUGAUACCCACCAAGAUUGGAACGAUGGCGACGAAGACGAUCCCGACAACAUGUUUGAGGAUGACGAGGACGAGUUCGGGCUACCGAGCAUCGCAAACAUGCGGAGGAAGGGUCGGCGGAAACAACCAUCCAAGGCAAAAGAAACAACCGGACAUGUUAGUAGAGAAAGCCUGGGCUCAACAGCGUGGCGCGGUAUAGACAGUGGUGACAUUGCAGAGGAGCGAGGUAUACCCAACUACCCAACCGCGAAGAAGAUCGAAGGCAAGAUCCUACGGCCACAGUAUCAAGAGAUACUUCGAGACCCCGCAAACUCGCUACAUCUUAUCUCACAUGCUACCCCACCCCCAAACGCGUCAGCUAAACAGGUCGAGGAGCACUCCGCACGGAUAACAAGAAUCAACAAGUUCAAGAGGAUAUUGCAAGCGAGCACCAUAUCAUUGUCAGACCUGCGAGACUCGGCAUGGUCAGGUGUUCCGUCCGAAGUGCGCGCCAUGACAUGGCAGAUCUUGUUGGGCUACCUACCGACUAGCAGUGAGAGGAGAGUCGCAACACUGGAGCGCAAGCGGAAAGAAUACUUGGAGGGGGUGCGGCAGGCUUUCGAACGAGGUACAUCUGGCAGUGCUAGCGCCGUCGCCUCCGGGAUGGCAGGCGGUGCAGCCUAUCCUUCGACGAAUCGUGGGCGGGGACGUGGCUUGGACGAAGCUAUAUGGCAUCAAAUCAGCAUUGACGUGCCUCGGACAAAUCCACAUCUUGAGCUCUACAGCUACGAAGCGACUCAACGAUCCCUUGAGCGGAUACUAUACGUGUGGGCGAUACGGCAUCCUGCCUCGGGCUAUGUACAGGGCAUCAACGACCUGGUCACCCCAUUCUGGCAGGUCUUCCUUGGUGCCUAUAUCUCAGAUCCCGAUAUUGAAUUCGGUAUGGAUCCUGGCCAGCUACCAAAACAAGUUUUGGACGCAGUCGAGGCAGAUUCCUUUUGGUGUCUAACCAAGCUUCUUGACGGGAUUCAAGAUAACUACAUCGCACAUCAACCAGGUAUCCAAAGACAAGUGGCAAGUCUAAGAGAUCUUACUACGCGUAUCGACGACCAGUUAGCGAGACAUCUGCAGAAUGAGGGUGUUGAGUUCAUACAGUUCAGCUUUCGAUGGAUGAACUGUCUCCUGAUGCGCGAGAUAUCUGUCAAGAACACGAUAAGGAUGUGGGACACGUACUUGGCCGAAGAAGAUGGUUUUUCGUCCUUUCACCUUUAUGUCUGCGCCGCGUUUCUCGUCAAAUGGUCCGAUCAACUGCGAAAGAUGGAUUUCCAAGAGACGAUGAUGUUCCUACAAUCGUUACCAACGCGACAGUGGACAGAGAAGGACAUUGAGCUAUUGUUAAGCGAGGCCUUUAUUUGGCAAAGUCUUUUUAAAGGCAGUGGCGCACACUUGAAGAACACAAGCUCAAGAGGAAGUGGUGUAGGGAUGGGACCGGAUUUUUGA